AUGUCUAAAUGUAUAAAGGUGAAAGAAUGGACUUAUUUUAAGUUAUCCAUAACAACUCUGGAUAAAGAAACAGACGACGAGAAUGUAUUCGAUGAGAUGACAUGGAGACAGUGGCUAAAAAAUGCAUUGAAACGCUCGCAUGGUAUAUUUGGAGAAGGUAUUGAAUAUUAUAUUGUGAGGCAUGAUGGCAAUAUUCUAUAUAUUAAGGUAUUUUUUAAGGAUAAGGAUAUUCUUUCACAAGCAAUAGCGACUUACAUAUCCAGUGAGGAAUUGGUAGGAAGACCUCUGAUUGUGUCCAUCGUCCUCGAGGCCAAUAACAUCGACGACUUAUCAAAUAAUGCGGACGAUAUAUUAUGGCUGACAAGAUUGAAGGAGGAUACUCAAAAUGACAGUGAAUGUGCUCCGGUAUAA